UAACCGAAGUCUCGCGAGAUCUGGGGGAGUCGGUGCCGCCGCUCUCCUCCCGUGCCGGUGUUGAGGCCUGCGCGGAGCCCGGGCUGAGCGGCGGUGGGACCGGCCGGGUCCCCGCCCGGGGCCAAGAUGCCGGGCGGGCGGGUUUGCGCGGCUUGCGGCUGCUCCGAGAUCGAGGUGGACGCGGCGCGCGGGGACGCGGUAUGCACGGGCUGCGGGUCGGUGCUGGAGGACAACAUCAUCGUCUCCGAGGUGCAGUUCGUGGAGAACAGCGGCGGCGGCUCCUCCGCCGUGGGGCAGUUCGUGUCGCUGGACGGUGCAGGCAAAACACCGACUUUAGGAGGAGGAUUCCAUGCCAAUCUGGGAAAGGAGUCACGAGCACAAACUCUGCAGAAUGGGAAACGUCAGAUUCACCACUUGGGAAACCAGCUUCAACUCAAUCAACAUUGUCUGGAUACUGCCUUUAAUUUUUUCAAGAUGGCUGUAACCAAGCGUCUAACCAGGGGGAGAAAGAUGACCCACGUAAUUGCUGCGUGUCUCUACCUGGUGUGUAGGACAGAAGGAACUCCUCACAUGUUACUUGACCUCAGUGACCUUCUUCAGGUGAAUGUCUAUGUGCUGGGAAAAACUUUCCUUCUGUUGGCCAGAGAACUCUGCAUAAAUGCUCCAGCCAUAGAUCCGUGUUUAUAUAUUCCUCGUUUUGCCCACAUGCUUGAGUUCGGGGAUAAGAACCAUGAGGUGUCCAUGACGGCUCUCCGGCUGCUGCAGAGGAUGAAGCGGGACUGGAUGCACACUGGCCGCCGGCCCUCCGGGCUCUGCGGGGCGGCACUGCUAGUGGCAGCAAGAAUGCAUGAUUUCCGACGGACUGUUAAAGAGGUCAUCAGGGUGGUCAAGGUUUGUGAGUCUACAUUAAGGAAAAGGUUGACAGAGUUUGAAGAUACACCCACAAGUCAGCUAACCAUAGAUGAGUUUAUGAGGAUUGACUUGGAAGAAGAAUGUGAUCCUCCUUCGUUUACUGCUGGUCAAAAAAAAUUGAAGAUACAGCAGCUUGAGAAGGCAUUAUCAAAAAAGCUGGAGGAUUUUGAAGGUGAAAUAUCGAGCUAUCAAGAUGAAAUAGAGAUUGAAUUGGAAAACAGUAGACCAAAAGCAAAAGGCGUAUUUGCGAAUUACACUAAAGAUGAUUCUAUAGAAGAUAAUGCCUCUAGUAUGUUUGGAGAGGAGGAGACAGAAGAUGAGGAACUAGAAGCAGCUGCUAAUCACUUAAACAAGGACUUUUAUAAUGAACUUCAUGAGAAGGAUAGAAUAAACAAAACUGAAGAUGAGAAAUGCCAAAAUGGAAAUAAAGGUCUUGUAAGACCACCUGCACUGGAAUCCUUGCUGGGCCCACUCCCCACCGCAGCUAGUCUUGGCAUAACAGAAUCCAUAAAAGAGUGCAUAUACACUAAGGACCGAGAGCCUGAUGAGAAUACAGAAGAUGGUGAAUUAGAUCUGAGUGGGAUCGACGACAGUGAAAUAGAUCGGUAUAUACUUAACGAAGCAGAAGCACAGAUAAAAGCAGAGCUGUGGAUGAAAGAAAAUGCAGAUUAUUUGAAGGAACAAAAAGAAAAGGAAGCAAGAAUAGCAAAAGAGAAAGAACUUGGGAUUUAUAAGGAACACAAGCCAAAGAAAUCUGCAAAGAAGCGGGAGCCAAUUCAAGCCAGCACAGCAGGAGAGGCAAUUGAAAAGAUGUUAGAACAGAAGAAAAUCUCAAGUAAAAUUAAUUAUAAUGUGCUAAGGGACCUGAACAGCAAAGGAAGUAACACACCAAAGAAAGAGGAUGACAGCACUGAUGAGAGCCCCAACACCAAGAAGCUGUCAAGAAGAAAAUCUAUUGCCAGUAGGAAUAUAGCCAACCCUGUAAACAGUGUGGGAAAAAGAUUAAGACCCUUGAUUUCAACACAACUUGCUAAAAAGGCUGCCACCGAAGAGGUGACCUUUCCAGAUGCACAAGCAGAAGCCCCUGACUCAGAAAAGCCAGCAGGGGUGCUAGUGGAGAGUGGCCCAGUAGCUUACAACCCUGACGAAGAGGUGGAAGAGGAAGAAAUAGAAGAUGAUGAUGAUCACUGCAUGAGCGCCUUACAGUUAAUGGGAGGGAAUGAUUAUGGCUGUGAUAUGGAUGAUGAUGAUGGCUAUUAAUUACAUUUACUUCCAAAGGACAUGGGCUGUGUCUUGUUCCCAGCAAAUCUUCAGUCUUCAAACUGUAUGAAUACAGAAAGAACUAUGCUCAGCAAACAUAAUCGAACAAUCCUUACUUUGUAAAGCGAAUUUUGUGUUGGUAUUGACUCUGGUCAGUUUAUAUUGACCCAUAAUCCAGCAAUAAAGUUUCAGUUUGUACUUUUUUUUUUUUUUUUUAAUUUUAGCGGCCCAUGCUUUAAGGAUGAAAUUGAAGGGAGUAGCUUGCAGAGAACAAAAGAAAGGAGACAAAAUAGACUUUUUAUAAAGCACAUGUGGGUUAAAACAACACACCUCUUAUUUAUGUGACUUUUAGGCAUGCUGUUGAAAGGCAGCGAAUAGAAGGACAGAUAGAAGGACAGGUAAAAAUGAGAAGCAUGCCUGUUGAUUGUUUGAGUACAGCAGCAAUAGUUGUCUCAUAACGCCUCAACCAAAAGAAAGAAAACAUUUCCAACUUGCAUUGUAACAUGACCCUGUUAUUGUGUAAAAGCUUCCUUACCCAAGCCUUUAAAAAUUAAUGACAAGUUACAUAUUUGCUGGGCAGCAGCUGUUUAGCUGAAAUGAAGUAAACACACCUUUAUAUUAAUCAGUUCAUAGAUUUUUUUAAAAUAUAUGACAAUAGAAUGUUGGCAGCAAAGAAUUGUCUUCCACUGCAGGUCCAGUGUGGUUUAUGUAGAAGGAAGGAGAAGUCCUGGGUAAGGCAAGAAGCGUAGGGAGCAAGCAGGUGACGAUGCUUUGCUGACAUGCCUUUGCUGGGCAUCCCUAGGAACGGUCAAGUCUUGUUGUGACUGGUACUGCUGCAGAAAGUCACACUGGCCGGCUCUGCUGAACUGAGCUUGUGCACUGAAUUAGAGUGAAGGUCUGCUCCUGAGAACUGCCUCUCUCUAAAAACAGUUGAAAGAGAAAGCUGAGCUUUUUAGUAAAUAAGCUAGCAUCUGCUUUGGUUGAAUUUAAUUUAAUGUAAUUUAUUUAAAUUUCUGUGGGUAAAUUAAAGGUCACCAUGAAGCAGUCUGGCAUUCAUGGCUCAAAUCCCACCCUUGAACAGUCUCUGCUACUUGAGUGAUGGUGGAGCUCCAGCCCUAUGUGCCCCAAAAUGUGAACAGGCAGGUCCUUCUCAUCCAGCUAGAUCAGCUCUCACUAUGCCGUGGGAGCAGGGAGCAGGGAUAGAGCCCCUUUUGAAAGAUUCUGCUCUGUUGCAUCUGACCUGCCUUCCCCUGGUAUUGCUGGGUCCGACGCUCUCGGCUCAAUGGGAAGUGCACUGCACUCUGGAUCGUGGUCUUGAUGACCGCAGCUGCAGGAACCAAGAUGUUGUCAUCAGUCUCCCACGUCUAGUGACAAUCUUGAAAGCUGGAGUGCUGCAGGUUUGUCUUACACUAGGGAAAGACAGCUAUUUAUCUUGCCGUUGCGGUAAGAUCUUAUAUCACUUAUAUAUUACUUCUGUUAAGCUCUCUCCUGGUCAGCUCAUCCUCCCUACCCUUUUUGAGGAGCACUCUUCAGUAAAGCGUCAUGAUGCCCCUAUUGCAGAGGGUGGCAGGAAAAGAUUUCUAGCUAUUACCAGCCAGAAUAACGAUAAUGCUCAUACCUGUGGUUGUCACCAAAUUGGGGAAGGGCCAUAUGGCCUUCUGUACCUUUUCUGUCCCUCUCAACAGCAUGCGUAAGAGGGAUCAUGUAACUAGAGCAAGAGUGAGUGCUUGUUUUAGGAGCAGGCUUGAUAUUGUUUGGCUAGGAGAUGUAGUUUGUUGGCUAGGUUGUAUCUGCUAGGGACUUUUGAGCCUGAGGAGUAUAUCUGCAAUGACUUCUUAAAAGCAGAACUCGAUAAUAAAAGUGAUGUAGUGAGGCUAAUGGGAAGAAGAGCUCUUCUGAACCAUGUUUCAGUUACUUAGUUUGCAUCACUUCAGUGGAAAUAAGAGAUUCUACAUAAGUCUUCAGGAAAAAGCUGGCAUUUUCACCAAAAAAAAAAUAUAGAUUUUUUCCUGAUACUUUAUAAAUACUGCACAGAAAAUUAUAUUGAGUAGAUAAACCUUUCUACCUCUCUCUUAUCUACACCGUGAAUUCAAAAUCAUACUGUAAGCAGACUUUUUUAAAAAGUAGUUUGUUUUAUCUAAGUUCAUGCUCUGCGAACCUUUGAGACAGUUGAGUUUGAGCAUUUGGGUUUGAAUUCAUCUGCCAAUAGCAGUAUUACGAAUACCCAUACUCUCAGUCUAUUCCUAAAGCUUGGGUUUUAUUCCAAGGUACACAUUAUUCUCUAUGCAGGAAAUAAACAUGCAUAAAUAAACAUGCGUAUGACUCAUGUAGGUCGAGUGCUUUUCUCAAAUGCGUGAUGUUGGCUUUUAAAGAAAUCAACAAGCUGAAUUCUUUAUUGCUAAGGGUCUUUCCUCCAGUCUUCUGUGUAGAUUUGUAUUGGUUUGCUCCCCCCUAGGAUACUGAACCUGCUGCCAAUUUAGUGUUAUGUGCAGGAGCCGAGAGUCCACCCAAAUAACUGCUGCUUGUAAAUCUGAAUUUCAGUAGCACAUUGCGUUUCUGAGAACAUUGUUUCCUGUACUGGAAGUAGAGGAUUGCAGUUUUUUAAUGCUCUCAUAUGAUCUCAUUAGAAAAGGCUAUCGCAUAGUCUGCUCGAAGGGCACUUGGAGAACCAAAAAAAAAAAGACCUGCAGUUCCAUGGCAUCACGGCAUUGCUGGUGGAGUUAAUGGCAUAGUUUCUGUACAGGAGUCUGAAAGGAAAGGGUGUGGUAUAUAGAUAGGCAGACUUCACUCUGAGCAUUGUAAGGCUUCUUAUGUACAUUUUUAAUUAAUUGGUGACUUACCGGGUUUUUUAUAAGCUUCAUUCCUUCUUGAUUUAACUAAGCUCAGGAAAUGUAAACAGAUUAGAACAUACUAGUUUCUGUUUUUAUAGCUAGUCAUUAAAAUGUAAAAAGAUUAACACUGCAUUAACUCUGUUUACUACUGUUGAUGUAUCUGAACAAUUUUGUUGUAUAUAAGUGAGCCUAAAUUCACGUCGAGUAAUUUGGACCCUGCUUUUCUCACGAUUCUGGUUAGAACGAAGAGAGCCUAUAAGGCUUCAACAUUUGUUGAAGAAGUGGUUCCAAACAGCCUUGUCUUGAGGGUUAAACGUGUUUGUCGAAAAAGUUCUUGCCAUCCUGAUGGCUUGUUUGUAUUCUUUGGAUUGCAUUGAAACUCCAGUCGCAGAUGUGUGCAGUUAAUGUAGAGUUUGCCUGAUAAAUGUUCUGUUUCUUAUUUUUGUGUUGAAUCCUUGUGUUCAGUUCAGUUAGUGCCAAGGAAAUUAAACCUGUUUGAUGUAAGCAUAUGUAUCAUCUUUACACAACCACAAUAUGAACCAUGUUAAGUUUUUUUACUCUUAAUACAUUUGCUGUAAAUAAAAAGUAAAACCCUUGCAUAACUGAUCUUCUAUGAUGCUUUCCUGCUGAU